AUGCCGAGAGUAGAAAACGUGUUGAUCCUUUCUCUUGCCCUCUCUGUUUUUCCCGAGCUGGCAAGCACACAGUCUUCCCUUAAUAUCACUGACAUUCCCGGGGAAAUCUGCUCAGUUGUGGCGGGUCGGCAUUUCAAACGGCUUCAAAGCAACACAUAUGACUACUUUCCCGGCGCAUGUAAAUACUACCUGGCAAAUAUCGAACUGACGUCUACUGGUUCACACUCUGUUGAAGUCCUCUUGGAUACAACUUCUGACGAAGAUGUAGAGAUAACCUACAUAGCCAUUGAAAACGGAGUCGAAGCGGUGAGGUUCCGCUUUACCCCAAAUGGUGUUUAUCUAAAUAAUCAAAAUUCAUCAGCCAAUCUACCCGUCUUGCUCCCUCAAGCCAGCGUCGUUGAAAAAGGCUUUUACUACAUUCUCACAGAUAGUUCAGAAAUAAGAAUCGAGUAUGCCUUGGGGGAGAGACUGUAUCUCUACUUUCCUGAAAGUCUGGUUCACGGGGUUGACGGAUUGUGUGGAGAUGAUGACGCCCAAAGUCAGCAUAUGUUGGAUAGUGGGAUCGGCCUUAACCCAACUUUCCCUGUCCUCGGUAACACGUACGAGUAUCUAUAUUCCGAUUGCACACCAGUCGAUGCUCAUAUCGUACUACCAGAAGAAAGCAGCUUAUGUAACGGUCACUUCGAUAUUAACAUGAUUACAGACUGUGGGCUGGACAUAACGAUUUACAAACGUAUUUGCCACUACGAGAUGUAUGCCUCUCCUACCAACCAAAGCGUCGACCGUGGAGUCUGCUUGGCCCUUGCCGAGCACUACCGAAUGUGUUCCAUCGUCGAUGGCAACGCUGUAGAUUGGAGGAGUUUACACGACUGUGUGGUAUCCUGUCCUGAUGGCAAGGUCUACGUGGAAAGUGGUAGCCAGUGUCCAAAGACGUGUGAGAAAUCGCAACUAACUGAAGUUUGUUCUGACCAAGGAGGAGUUGACGGAUGCGAUUGUCCCUCUGAGUUCUUCUGGAAUGAGGAGACUGAGUUAUGUGUUCAAAAGACGGACUGCUUCUGUAUUCAUGAUGGGACUCGUUACGCAAAAGGAGAAAUCGUCGACAUCGAAUGCAGCACGUGCGAAUGCAUGGGCGGGUCAUGGAAUUGUCUUCGGAAUGAUACUUCCUGUCCGGGUACGUGCUCGAUUACAGGGAAAUUUCUAACUACAUUUAAUACAUUUGAUGGCCAGCUAUUCCAGAACGUUGAGAGUUGCGAGCAUUUGCUGAUACAACCAUUGCCUCCUACCGAUAACUCUGCACCGUCCAAGACCUUCCAGCUCAGCCUUGGCCAUACAUGUUCUUAUGGUAUGCCUUUCUGUCCACCGUAUGUAAAACUGACAAUACAAGAUGCAGGGGUCUUAGAAAACUUCAGAUUUCAUCCAGAUGGACGUGUGCGUUUUCAGAACUUAUAUAUGCAACUGCCAUUUUUUGGGAAGAUUGGGGUUGUGGUGAGAAACAUCAUGGAUAAUUACCUGCUCGUCAAUACAGAUUUUGGUCUCACCAUUAUGUGGGAUUGGAAAUCAGAUCUUGAAAUAAAAGCCAGCGGCGCCCUCCGCGGCAAGGUUUUUGGGAUGUGUGGCUUAUUCAACGGUGCUAUCAAUGAUGAGCUGACUCUGCCGACGAGUGAGGUCACCACUGAUCUCAAGGUAUUUGGGAGAGGAUGGAGGACAGGUUUUUGCUUCAUGCCCAGAGAUCUGACAUCAUACAAUGGGCCACAGGGUAUCUGCAGAUCAGAUGCGGUGUUCCACUUAAAAGUAACCGCCCGUUGUGACCUGAUGUCCAAGCAGCCUUUCCACACCUGUCACGGAGUUGUAGAUCCAGCUAAGUACAUAUCAGACUGCAAGACACUUGGCUGCACUGCAACCACGGGGGACGUUUUCAAGAACACAUGCCCUUCGUUCGCAGCUUAUAUAGAAGAAUGUGCCCGCCAGGGGCAAAUAAUCGCUUGGGCUGGAUCUCUUGAAUGCCAACCCGACUGUCCUGUCGAUCGGGUUUUGCUGCACUGUCCACACACAGAACAUCGUAUGUGCAGUGACCAUCAUAUUUCCAUGGUGGGAGUUGAGGACAAGACCUGCUAUCCCGGAUGCUAUUGCACACCUGACAAGAUCUUUAAUGACUACUCUGGAGAGUGCGUGGAACCAGAUACGUGUCCAUGCAUCACUACAAACCAUGCAUUAAAGCAACCAGGAUCUGAAUUCUACUCGGAGUGUAAUAUUUGCACCUGUCAUGCAGGAAAUUACGAUUGCCAUUCAUCGAACUGCACAGAUUGCGAGUAUGACCAAGAGUAUAGCUCGUGUGCUUGCGGGAAGACCUGCGCCAAUCAGAACUCGCGUAUCUGUCCGGAAGAAGGUGAUGAGGAGUGUCAAGGCGCUUGCGAAUGCCCGGCCGGGACGGUACUCGACGAAUUCAACAACGAAUGCAUAGCACCCGAGGAUUGUCCGUGUUUUCACGGGAACGAGACUUUCCCGGUAAACACGGUCUCAACUAGACCAGAUGAAUUGUGCCUCUGUAAACCAGGAGCAUUUUGGGAGUGCAUUCCACUGGCACCAGAAGGUUCUUGUUGGGCCUAUGGCAUGACUUCGUUUAAUACUUACGACGACAGGACAUAUACUCAUAACGGUAGGAAGCCCUCACCAAUAUGA